CGUUGGCUGGGAUUUCUAAAGAGAGUUUUCACAAGAUCCAAAGGCAUCUAUACAUCCCUCUGAUGUCAGGACAGCACACUUGGCAAGUUGCAGUCCAGCGCCCCAAAAUCUGGAGGCAUCAGUCCUUGAUGAUGAAAUAUGUCUUCUCAGUUUAUUGUAAGGCUAUUUUUUAAAGAAACAACAAACUUUUCCCCUAAUCUCUGGCUCCUGAAAACAGAGAGAUCUUUUUCAUUCUUCUUCCUUAGAAGAAUUUCAGGUAAUUCAGCCAGACUCAGACACCUGAGUGGACAGAUCCUUCCUUCUUGACCUCACUGGUGGACAGUCUGCCUCCUCCACGCUGCCGCCUGGAUCCUGCCCAGUACCAGUGGCAUUGUUAGCGGUGACAUCCAGAUGGAAAGGAGAAAUUACCAGCGAAGGUGACCACCUAGCAGCCCUACAUCUGCAGUCUUUUCCUGCUAUGGAAAGGAAAAUCUGGAUCCGUGCUUCACCGUGACAGUCACUGGAUAGGACAGACAGUAAAUGUCUUCAGUCAUGCUGGUACCGGUGACAGGCUGGUGUCUGCCUACUGCGGUUGGCUUUAGCACCGAAAAACAUGGUGAGAUGUGUUGAGGUGAAAAGCAAGGAAGUGCCAGCAGGCAAAUAGCACAGGGCAGUUUUGGAGGAGCCUGAGGUGACCUGUGCUGGCCACCCCCAGGUUUCCCUUGUGGGAGAAUGCUGGGAGGAAUGGGUUGGUCUGACACUGAGUAAGGGCUUCUGGGUUUGGUCCAGACACUCGUGUGUCACCACGCAACACUUCAGCUCUUGUGUGAAUGCCUCCUGGAGCUGCCAGCUGUGAACACGCCACCCAGCCAAAAGCACACCCAGCUCCUGCUGCCCGCGUCCCCAGGGCAGGCGACAGACUUGUGGAGCACAAGGAAAACAGAGGGAGGAGUCCCCAGGAGGCAGUGGAAGGAGUGACCCUUCCCCACGUGCUGCUGGGCUGCAGCAGACCCCCCCUCCAUGCCCUUUGGACCCUUCUGUAUGUCCCUGCCCUCUGCAGCAUCCUGGGGCAGCAAGCCACAGCGUCUAAUGACCCCAUGUGAAGACAAGUCCUUUUUGUUUAUUUUAAACCUACUGUCUGGACAAAUUCUCCUCACGCACCCAGUUUUUUUGCAUUAGGAGGAGCAAGGAAUGAUUGCUCACUCGUUGCCUUCCCAUUUUGUGAUUUGGACUUUGUCUCCUCUCCACCAGCCUCGCAGUUUCGGGCCGCUCUGCCGUCAGCCACCCGGGAGCUGCUCCGCCGCGUUGCCACGAUACCGGCUGCAUCUGUCCAUCCAUCUCCGAAACGGCACCCGGCCUGCGCCGGGACCCCGGGCAGUGCCUGGCAUGGGGAGCGGGGACAUCCGUCCCCUGCUGAUGUGACCCUGAUGUGUGGAGGUGACAGAGCUCACACCUCCGAGCGUCUCCCCAUGCGGCAGCGGCCAGUUGCCCGUCCUCCAUUCUCCGGUCCACCGCCACUUCCUCGGCAGCGCAGGAAAGCCUCACGCUGCUCCGUGCUCAGCGCUGUCCCUGAUCCUGGUGUCCCCAUGCAGGAUCCAGCCCUGGCACACAGCAGCCAUCCCCAGUACGAAGAGCACCGGGCUCGGGGCAAUGCCUGUGGCCCGUUUGCCCUCGCCUCACCAACCUCCUCAGCUCUGUGGCCUCGAAACCUGCUGGAGCGGCACCCUCUGGCAUGGUGCGUGGGUGCCAGCUGGUUCUCCGAGCUGGCUCUGCAGAGGAUGGUGCUGGGGGAGCCCUGGGUGGGCCAGGCCAGCCUGCCAGGGCUUGGGUCCCUCUUGGCAGGGCUCUGAAUCAUUUGGCCUCUUGCCUGGGAGAUGCUGAACAACAUCACCAGCUCUGAUCUCAGUGCCCCUGACACCUCCAGUGAGUUUCGCUGCCCGCAGCCAGCUGCAGAGGGUGCUGGUGGCUGAGCCAGGGCCCCUCCUUCAGCCCCCUGCUGCUCCCAGCCUUGUCUUGCUUCGCACAGCCACCUCCUCCAGCCCUCCCCUGCCUUCCCCUUUUAAAAGCCAGCUUGCUCAGAGCUUGUCAUAAUCCCACAGCUGUCUCCUCAGCAGACUUCUUACUGCAGGGACCCGCUGUUUUUUCUGGUUAGAACGGAGGCGGGGGCAAUGGUGCUUUGAUGAGAAAGGUCUCCCCAGCUCCAGGGCUCGCCGUCCGAGCCCCGAGGGUACUUCUUCCCUUCCAGCCCUUGGCAGACCGCUUCAAGAGGGAGAGGAGCGCGCUGCUCAGCACCGAUGGGUGAGGUCUGCAUCCGCAGCCAGAGCUGGAGGGAUGGUGGGGCUGCGUCAGUGUGAUGCCAGCCGCUCAGGACAGGAGACAGAGACUUCCCCAGGGAGCAGCUGUGGCCAGAGCUAUAGGGCAGGAGCCAGGACGAGUUACCACGGUGGCCCGGGGCACCAGCACUGGCAUGCAACCCGCGAUUCGGCUCCCUGCAUCUGCCAACUCCACCUGUAGAAGCAAGCAGACGGGAUCUGACCCGAGGUGUGUCUGCAGGCCCUUUCCUCACCAAAGAGGCUCCCAGGACAGAAGGAGCUGACAACCUGCGUUUGGCAGCUGUGCGGAACUGAGAUGCCCCAGGGAAGCGCUAGCACAGGCAGGCGGCUUGCCCACAGCCCCAUGCAGGCAAGAAGGAGCAUGGACAGCCUGGAGGACAGGUGGGAGCCGCUUGGUGCAGCCUCAUCUGAGAGCACCACAGCUCCCUUGCUGCCCACGUGCUCAAGCUGGACUUGUUCGAUAUAUUAUAAUGCCCACUGCGUUCACUGAGCUCUACAUUGCAGGAGUGAGUGCUGACCUGGAGCAAGCUCUGUAAGCCCCUGACUUGGAUGUGCAGUGGAACAGAAAUAGGAGUUCCUGUGAACGUCUCCUGGAAGCAGCACUGAGGCUUCACUGGGCUUGUUUUAUGUACUUAGUUGUUCUCCACAGGAGGAAGCAGCUGGAUGGGAAAAAAGGCCCCCAAAGCAGUGUUAGCUGCUGCCUGCUGGCUGCAUGGGCUCCCAGCAUGACGCCUGCUUUGCCUCCAAAGGGAAAGCAGAGCUCUUUGUGCCUUUGUUUAGCUCUUAGGUCUUCACAUGACUUCCUGUGCCCCUGCUGCUCCUUGGAGACAACUCCUGGACCGAACCUGUCAUCCUUCCGGAAGCCACUGGGGAGGCAAAGGGGUCAGUGUAUCCUGCUGUAAAUGGGAGCACGUGCCCUGCACAGCGAAGCCCGGGCAUUGCCACCAACAGCGUGGUGGGACCAGCUCCUUCCGUCCCGGCUCUGGAGAGCAGUGGGCAAAGCCAGCAGCUGCAAGGGCCAGCAAUGCCUCCCUGCCGGUUCCUGCUGUCCCCACUGCCACCCGGCAGUCCUGUCCUAUGGCUAUGAGAUCUCCACUUCUUGUGGUUUGGCUCCUGUUUAAUGCCCCCAAGGCAUUAAAGACCCUCUGUGGCUCAGUCAGGCUGCUGCGUGUGGACCAGCAGCUCCAACACCCCAGCGGUGCUGCUUACUGUGACAAGUCUCAUCCCCUGGGAGCAACCAAGAAGCCCUGCAGGCCCGUCUGCAUGGGGCCACCACUGAAACAAGAACUGUUAUCCCCAGAGUGACGCUUGUGAAGCCCCAUCAUGCAUGGCUAACCUACAUCAACCCUAAAUUCCCAGAAGAGCAUGAGGCAAGGCCUGGCACAGCACAGCAACCAGCACGACUGGCUCCUGCAAGGGUCUCCUGAGGUUGCAGCUCCUCGUGUGUGCUGUCACGGUGGGGUGGUGGCAGCCUGCGAGGUGCAGUCCUGCCUCCAGACACAGCCUGCCUCCAGCUCAGCUGCAGAGCCUGGUCCUGAGGGCAUCACGGGAGCUGCUGGCUUCUGAGCCCCUGGUGUACAGGAGAGCAGAAGACACUUUCUGUUGCAUUGCUGCAGCCAAGGUGAGGACAGCGGCAGGGACCAGGAGACGGAGUCAGGGUGCCAUAGCAUUAAGCCAGCCACCAUCGUGUGCUUCUGCUCUCUCGCCAUCAUUUCACAGUCAGUUUCAACUGGUGUAAUCCAUCCCCCUCUGUCCCUUUCCUUGUCCCACACAUGGGUGGGUGGCAGCAGGAACAGGGAAAUGAUUUGGGGAAAAAUAGCCUGGGGUGGUCGGUCGAGCCUGCCUGCUCACACGUGCUGUGCUGUGCUUCCCUUUGCCACCACAGAGAGGGAUUUGGUGUCUGAAGGUGGUUCAGAUGAGGAGGUGAUGGGGAGGUUUUUGGCGUUCAGCUGCUUGGACACAAGGUACCUACGGCUGCUUUUGUGCCUGAACACAGCUGGACACCCACAACGUGCCUGGGCUGUGUCCGCAUGCAGGGUCUCUUGCCUGCACCACUCUCCUGCCCGCAUGGUUUGGAUCCUUGAGCAUCUCUGGCUGGGUGGGCGCUCAGGGCAAUGAUGAUGCAGGCUGGUGGGUUUGGUUGUAGGGAAUUGGUUCAGGAUGGAUCUGAGAUUUUUCUAUGUCUUGGGUGAGAGGUUGGGAUGACACAGGUUCAGUGACAGCUCCCAAAUUGGCCUGGUUUUGUUCCCGGCAGAAGAGCUGCGGCUGGCUCAGAGUGGCGUGUGAUGCUGCAGGACGGGUUGGGCUGCCCUGAGCCUGCUCUGCAAGUCUGGGACGUCUCCAGUUACCCAAGCCCAGGAGCGAGCUGCAGUGCUCCACAUGUUUUCCCUAGUUUAGAGGAGGUUUGGAUGCGACCCACUGCUUCUCCAUCAUCCCCCUGCUGGUAUGUUCCAAGAAGCCUUCUGUCCCUCAGGCAGGCUGCGCACUUGGGGCAUGCAGGAUGCAGCUGGCAGACUCUCAGCAGUCAAUCUCAAUCCCUCCUCGAGGUCACGGCUGUCAGGAAGCCCAAGUCUGCAUUUCUUGGAGAGCCACGGCCCAUUUCAAACGAAGCAAUCAAGAGGCUCAUCAGCUUUGGAAGGAAAACAACAUCCUUUUCAAGAUGGAUAUAACUGCCAGAACGCCUUGCAGGGGAGGUGGUAGCCUCUUGCCUCUCACGGGGGUCAGGGUUCAGCCCUGAAGUCCCUGUUAGGAAGUGACAGCUCUCCACAUCUCCAGGGCCCCUCUGUUGUGCUGUGCUGACUGGCAGGGGAAACAUCCAGCUGAGGGCAUGCCGCCCUCAUUACCUUCCGGCCCUGCUGUGCUCAAGUCCUGUGUCUCCUGCUCAUCCUGCAGCUGUGCUGGUCUGGAUCCAGCGUGGUCACAGGAUCCCACCCACCAAAUCAGAGAGCAGAAAGGUGUUCCUGAUAAGCUCUGUGCUUUCGCUAGGGGCUGAAGGACAGCUUUUCCGGGCCUGCAGUUACAGCCAGCCCAGCUACCCGCAGCAGGGCUGGCAGGGACACGUCCAGCCGACACCACAGAGCCCACGCGGGCCUGAUCCCGCCUCAGCCCCGCAGCAGCCCUGCUGGAGCUGCAGGUGCUGGCCCAGGGGUGGCCUCGCUGCGGGGCAUUCUUCCACCGCCUCAGCCCGUGCAUGGAAAUAAAGGUGCUGGGCUGGCUCGGGUGGGUCGGCUGGGUCCCGCAGCCGCUGCGAGGCUGCUGCGUGCUUGCUGCUUCCCCCGAGGCACAGCUGGUGUCACCGACCGGCCCCGAAUUCAUCCUGGAAAUAAAAUCCACAAAGGAAGAAUUUGCAACAGAAGCAGCGGAGGGACCUCUACGUUCUUGCACUGAGAGUCUUGCACUGUGUAAGAGUGUUGUGUCCCUUCUAGACGUUGAAACACUAAAACUGGCAAGUGUUUGAAGGCAUGGCUAUAGUGAAUCCAGCUGUGCUCCAAGCGUCAUCUCGGGACACAAAGGAAAGAAACCAGCCCCCUGUAAUGGGCAUUGCGACUCCAAAGAAGGCAGUGAUCGCGUUAGAUGCCAUGAAGGUGUUAGAUCCACGCUGGUUAAAACCUGAUAGCAUUGAAACAGAAAGAGUCGUAUCUGUCUUGGAUGAGACAAUUGCCAAGCUGGAGCUGAGCAGCUUGAUUCCACGUAUUAUCGACUCACUGGAUAGGUUUUCUGCUCUGCUGGGACCUGAGAUCACAAACAACCUAAUUGAGCACCAAAAGCUUUCAAGCAAAAUGGAGCACCUGCUUGCCAGCGCUGAAGAAGAGGACACCAUGAAAGCUGAGGAGCAAAGGGUCUCUCUCUGCUUGCUCGAACAACAGCUGAAGUGUUCUGUUAGAAAUAUCCUGAGGCUUUUACUGGCCAGCCCUUCACUUUGUAAGGCUCUGAAAUACGAAGCUGGGCCAAGAGAGCCAUCAGCUGAAGUGUUUAUCAAAGCCUUUAGGGAGUUCAGGAAUUUCAUGUGUGAGCGACUCCUGACUAGUCCCACAGAAGAGGAAGAAACGGUUCAGUUCAUGGAAGAUGUCUCCCUCCGGAUUAAGAAAAACACUGAAACAAUCACAGCUUCGCAGGCAAAACUGGUGGCAGCAAUCUGUACUCGAGAUGAGGAGGUUCAGAAAAAGGACGAUAUGAUCAAAGACCUCAAAAAGAGCAUGCAAGAUCUAGCUGAAGACUGCAAGACCAACAUUCUGCAGGUCAAGUGGGAAGGAGAAAAACAGCAAAAAGAGGAGCUGCGAGCUUCUCGGGCCAGGUGUGCCAGCCUACAGCAGGACGUUCAGCAGCUAGGAGCACAACUCAAUAAGCUGGUACUGGAGCAUCAAGCAUCAGAGCUGGCUCUCAGAAAGAGGAAGUGCAGAGCAGAGACGGAAAUUCUGAACUGGAUCCAGAAAUAUGACACAGACAUGGCAGAAAAACAGGCUGAGUAUGAGGAGGUUCAUGCUGCCUACACCAAGGAGAAGGCCCAGUUGUCCCUGCUGAUGGAGAAACACGCUCUGCUUCUCCAGGAGUAUUCCCAGAUCGAGGAGGAGCGCAGGAUAUGUCAGGAGAAGAAGAAGGCGGCUUUGGAGGAGUUGGCCACCAUGACCCUUGCUGCCACCCGCAUCCAGGCCUUCUGGAGAGGCUACUUGAUUCGGUCCACCUUCAAGUUAAGAAAGAAGAGGAAGGGCAAGGGCAAAGGCAAGGGCAAGGACACAAAGGCUAAGAAAUAAUCACAGAAUCUAUUUUCUUUCCUUCAUCCUCUCCUGGCAACGCUGCUGACUCCCCUGAGACUGAGCUCGUCCAGAUAAAUGCAUUAGAGCUGAGAUAAUAUUUGCAUUAAGGCUCCAGCUGUCCAGGGGUGGAGUUGCCUCUCGUAGAUUGGGUAUAUCAAAGUGGUGACAUGAAGACAUGUCUCUCCAUUUUAGGUUUAGCUUUGCUGCUCUGAAAAGGAGGAGGAGGUCUCCUGGUGAAGGGACUGGGCCAGGAGUGCAGAUUCCUGGUUUCUCUCCCUUGCCCAUACUUUGCUUCUGUGUCAGCACCUGGUUUAGAACUUUACCCCUGACUUUCACCAGGUGCUGACACGCAAGGUGUAGAGAAAUGGCACAAGGCCCAACAGGGUAUCGCUCCUGGAAAUUCGCAUUUUUCAUCAGGGGACAGCCGAAGGGUGGGAUGUGGCACAGCCCAGCUCGUGCUCUGCUCCUGAUCAUACAAGUCGCUCCCCAAGCCCAGCAGCAAACCGUGCCCCAUUUAAUGCCUAUUCCCGUUUUGACAGCACGCUCUCCUCUGGAUUCUCCAGGGCCUAAUGCCCUGAGAGCACACUGCAGCCUUUCCCUUUCACAGGGCCUCGAGUCAAUUAUUUAAUUCCUCUCUCUCUGCUUCUUAUUCUCAGUAACCAUGUAGAAACUUUGUAGCAUGGAGCUCUUUGCUCCUGUGCCUGCCAGGGCUGAAACUGGGCAUGGGUAGUUUUACAGAGCGCUAUGUCUUACGUGUUUCAUUUUCUUGGGGAACUAGGCUGUUGUAUGUAACCAGUGUGACCCGGGCAGCUCCUCUCACAUAUUCUUCACAUUUAACAGGUCUCAGAGUAAACAGUUUUUUGAUC